AUGGAUUCAGCAGGUAGUUUUUCGUACGGAGGAUUCCACGCGUCGGACCUAGACAUACCCACUGAAAACGAGCUCUUAGCUAUGGAGAUGCAGGUCGAAAUCGAAACCAUGAGGAACGAAUUCACGGCGGAGCUCGCUGAAGUGAAGCACCAAAUGGCAGUGAUGCAGAAGAGGUUUGCUGUCAGCUUGUGGAUUUUGAUUGUUGGAGUGGGUGGUGUAUUGAGCUGGGUUUAUCGAUCGUCGAAGUAG